AUGACCACUGCCUCCAGCAAGAAUAUGAUAACACGGAAGAUCGCUUUGAUGGGUUAUCCCUGCGUUGGAAAGUCUUCAAUCACAUUGCGAUUUGUACAAGGGCAUUUCCCGGAUGCUUACGAUACCACUAUAGAGGACUUACAUAAUAAACCCUAUCGAUGGUUUGGACGGGAUUACAAUCUGAGGAUUACAGACACUGCAGGGCAGCAAGAGUACUCAAUAUUCCCUCGAAGUUGUUCAGUUGAUAUCGAUGGCUUCAUAUUGGUUUAUGCCAUAGACGAUAAGAAAUCAUUUGAAAUCAUUCAAAUUAUUCACGACAAAAUUAUGGAAACUAUUGGAGAUAACAAAGUGCCGAUCGUCAUUGUAGGAAACAAAGUUGACUUACAACACUCGUCACGAAUGGUUACGAAAGAAGACGGUUCGAAACUGGCUCAAAAGUGGAGGGCAGCCUUCAUUGAAACAUCAGCUAAAGACAACACUGCAGUGCAACAGAUUUUUGAUAAGAUGCUUCAUCAGAUCGAGCUUGCGAGAGGGAACAUAAGUGAGCACCAGGGUGGAAAGUGUAGGAUUUCUUGA